AUUAUUGCAUUCUGUUUCUAUUUACAAUUUGUACUUUGUCCCAACUUUUUUGGAAUCGGGGUUGUAUUUUUAGUCCAUUAUGAAGACCGAAUUUGGCCGGGUUCAGUAAAAUAUUUGUGUAGCCGUUAUGACCGCAAUACAUGAUGAUCCUCACCAGGUUCGCUUUUCUCCUCUCUCUCUCUUUUUUUUUUCCUCUCACUUCCAAGAAACACAGCUUGUCACGUUCGGAGAAAACACACAACAUAAACUCACCUGUGUUGGAAAAUGUAAAGGUACAAAAUACUCACACUGGAGACUCCUUCCAUAAAUAAAGUCUCCUCAUGGAAAUCUUCAAACACCUUUGGAAAGAGGAAAUUUAGAAAAAAUGGCCGUUCAGAAGUAACAAAGAUGGUAUUACUUAAUUGUUUUAAUACGAGUUGUACUUUUUCAGCCGAUCGUUCGUUUCGUGCACGUUUUUAAACAAUCGUGAAUUGAAUAGAUUGGCACCUUUCGAGUCCUGGUUAUGAGUGUGGAACAAGAUCACGGCUAUGUUCAGUCUGUAUCAGUUAAAUGGUUGUAUAAGCUGUUCAGGUCUGGUGUGUGUGUUGUGCUCGAGUGCUUCUGCUCCGUUAUCAGGUGUAGCUGCGUCUGCUCAGGUGUGAUAGCCGAGCAGGUUAAUAAUUCAGUACCUGAACCUGGAUCAAAUAUUCUCUCUAUCUUUCCCUGGCUCUCUGCACCGGGUGCUAACUGCUAGUUGAAGAGACCAAUUACAGGCACGUCCUCUCUUACUCACUCACACACACGCACACAUUAACCCCUGUGCAGUGUGUUCAGGACCAGGACCUGCCAUCUGGAGACCUUCAGCAUCUAAACAGUAACACAAUGUCUGGAGCUAAUAGUGACCAGCUACACCGGUCUACUCUAAGCAUCUAUUCACAUCUGAUGGAACAGUUUAACCCUGGGCUGCAACAGCUGGUCACUUUAGGUAACAGCUACGUCAAAGCUUUUCAAGCAUUGACGAUGACAAGUGAGGCCUACUUUAGUGCACUGGCGAAAAUGGGAGAGCAGGCUCUCCAUACACUCUCAUCUCGCUCACUUGGCGAUGUAUUGAUCCACAUCUCGGAGACCCAGAGGAAGCUUACAGCAGAAGUGGAUGGAGUGUUCCGCUGGUUCCACGUGGAGGUGUUGCAGGCCCUGGAUAAGAACGUCAGGCUCGAUGAGGAGUACAUCGGAGGCAGCAGGAGAGUGUAUGAGCUGGAGGUAAGAAAUCAGGCAGCAGCUCUUGAAAGGCAGCUGAGACGAGGCGCCUACAGAGAUUCUCUGGAGGGCAGUGAGUACAUGCUUUAUUUGAGGCAGAGUCAGCACGAGAUCCUGAAAGAAGAGGAGAGGAGAUAUCGCUUUCUCACAGAGAAACACUGCGGAUUAGCACAGUCUCUGUCCUUCCUCCUCAGCAAGACAGGGGUGUCUCUGCAGCAGAAAGCCGAGGGAUGGAAGGAGCGAGUGAAUGAGAGUCAGAGCUCCAGGUCACGCACUCCAACACCGUUAGAACAGGACACCUACUUGAGGGCUGCAGUGAGUUCUCUCCUCCAGCCUGGAGAGAGGGACGAAGGCUGGCAUGGGCAAGAUCAGCAGUUGGGCAGGGUGCCUUCUAGAGCCCCCUCUCCCCUCCAGACACGCUCUCGUUCCGGCUCAGUGAGCGAGUCCCCGGGCGUUAGCGGAGGUCAGUCAGUCAGAGCACUCGUCUCUCACCCUGCCUCCUCAAACCCGGUGCUGCUCUCAUUCUCUCGCGGCGACACACUCACACUGCUCGUACCUGAGCCACGUAACGGCUGGAUGUACGGUCGCCAUGACUCCAGCCUACGGCAGGGCUGGUUUCCUGCGUCCUACGUUGCUCCUGUCGAAGAUCUCGGUGCGUCGCUCCGAAACCACAGCAUGACCAACCUCCUAGAACCGACAAGCCAAUCAGAAUCCGUCGAUAGAAUGGAUAGAAACUAUGGUGAAAUCCCGCCCCCAGCCCCACCCCUUCCCAGAGGCUCCAACGACCUGCGUACCGUCUCGCCGCUUCUGGACAGGAAGGCGGAAUCUGUGUAUGAGGCGAAGGCGAGUCAGAGCUACAGCGAGAUCCCGUCCCCGGCGCUGCCCGUUCGAAGAGUGUCAGGGGAUUUUCGUCCGGUCUCGCCGCUCCUCGACAGGAGGGCGGAGUCUCACUUUGAGAGCAUGACUGGUUACUCUGUUCCUGAGAGAAAGGCGGAGUUAAAUGUAGAGAGGCCGAGCCCUCACAGGCAGCUGCCAGAGCAUCCUCUCUUUCCCAGGGGAUCGAAUCCUUUUGCCACGGUGAAGCUCCGCCCCACGGUGACCAAUGACAGAUCGGCACCGAGAAUCCACUGACCAAUAGCAGCAGGCGAAACCCUCUGGGUCCCUCUGAUUGGUUUCGGGACGCCACCAACCACGACACGAUCUGCUUCGUCUUCGGAGCAACACAAAUUUCAGCAUUCGGCACGAGAUGAGCCAGAAAAAAUUAGACUUGGGAUUGUUCUUCCAGUUUUAUUUCCUAAAAUGUGCCGUCAUUCCGGAAAUUCCACACUGAUCCAACAAACUUAAAUGGACGUGUCCAACCUGACACUGGAAAUUCCUCAGCACUUUUUUUUUUUUCUUGAAUAUUCAUGUGAAUAUGUUGAUCAAAACGAUCUUGCAUGGGCGUGGUCUAAUAUUCUAACGAGGAUCGUUCAGCCCUACAAAAUAUAGUUAGCAAAGUAGGUUGGAUAGCUAGCAUUCCUUCGCUAAGUUACCUUCACUCGCUUGUUAAUUUGACUUUGAUUACCUUUUUAUUCGAUGGCGUAGCUUUUGCUAGCUUGCCGAGGUUAACUUUUCCUCCCUGUGUCAGCCUUAAAUUGUCAGGUUGGCCGUCGUUAGCUGGAUUAUGUUCUAUUUGUUAAAUUAGACCUGCUAGGCUAGCUUUUAUUUGCUGCUGGAUUAGCUAUUACUCUCUAAGAUACAGUAGCUGUUGCUAGCUAGUGAGAUUUGAAUGCAUACCGAUGAUAAAAGCUAUGUGGGAGGGAUCAGCAGCAUCAUUCUUGUAAUUGGUGGUGGUGGUGGGGAAACAAGACUAGCCACGCCCCCUGUACAGUCAUUGCGGAGACGUUUUGAUGAAGUAAAUGUAGACAGUGGAAAGUCACUCAGUGCUUUUUCAGGGGUUGUGACAAAGACGUCACAGGUUUUUGCUUUUCUCUGACUUUAGCGUCUGUUUUGUUUAAUCAGUGACCGACUCGGUUACGAGUGUGUGUUUUGUCUGUUUAGUUAAGAGUGUUUGGUAUUUCUACUGUGGGAGAGUGUAGAUUAUGUGCUGAGUGUUCUCCUCUGAACACGUUGAGGCACCGCGAUUCCAAAACCCUCCCUUCAGAGAGCGAGUACGGAGGCGGGUCUUCGCUUUCACGCUGUUAGCGUUAUCAAUCUCAUACAAUAAAUACAUCACAACAUGAAAA